GCGGCUUCCGCUCCGGCGUUUGCGCAAGGCGGUUGCAAGCGCCUGGGCGCGAGGAGGGGUGAGGGCGCGGGUCCUGGCGCCGCGGAAAACGCGCCAAGUUUCCCGUUGUGGGGAGCGCGGCGCCGGGGCGCCCCGCGGUCUCCAUAGCAACCGGGGAGGGGGUGUCCGGGCAGCGCCCCCCGCCCGGCGGGCGCGCGGCAGGCGGCGGCGGCGGCGGCCGGGGCCGCGCGACGAUGUAGCGGGUGUGACUGCCGCUCGCAGCGCGCUGUGCGGGCUGCUCCUGUCCCCCCCUCCCCGUAUUUGUCUGUGAGGGGGGAAAAAUGCCCGGUGUGUUACCGAGUGACAGUAACGGGCUUUCGAGAGGGAGCCCGUCAAAGAAAAACAGGCUUUCGCUGAAGCUUUUCCAAAAAAAGGAAGCGAAAAGAGCACUGGAUUUUACAGAGUCACAAGAAAAUGAACAAAAGAGUUCAGAAUACAGAGGCUCUGAAAUCGAUCAGGUUGUUCCUGCAGCACAGCCUCCAUCACUUGUUAGCUGUGAGAAAAAGGACACCAUGCUGCCUUUUGUGGGCUUGAACAAUCUAGGUAACACUUGUUACCUUAACAGUGUACUUCAGGUGUUAUAUUUCUGUCCUGGUUUUAAAACUGGAGUAAAGCAUUUGUAUAAUAUCAUUUCAAAGAAGAAAGAAUCUUUGAAGGAUGAAGGAGAGCAAAAAUCAGAAAAGGGAAGUUGUAAAGAAGAUCCACUGGCAAGUUAUGAAUUAAUCUGCAGUUUGCACUCGUUGAUUCUUUCAGUUGAACAGCUUCAAGCCAGCUUUCUCUUAAAUCCAGAAAAAUACACAGAUGAACUUGCUACUCAGCCACGAAGGCUACUAAAUACCCUUAGAGAGCUCAACCCUAUGUAUGAAGGCUACUUGCAGCAUGAUGCCCAGGAAGUUUUGCAGUGUAUCCUAGGUAACAUUCAAGAAACAUGUCAGCUACUGAAGAAGGAAGAAUUGAACAAACUGCCUGUGGAAGAGCCUACAGCUAAACUGGAGGAAAAACUUAAUCAAAAUAUUGAGAGCAAUGGAACUAGCAGUCCUACUGAGGAGGAGGAGAGUGUACCAAGUAGCCAUGCUGGACAGAGAUCUGAAGAUAAACUGCUGAAAGGAAAUGGGAAAAGAAAAAGUGAUGCUGAGGGUGGCAAUGCAAAGAAAAAAUCCAAAGUAUCGAAAGAGCAAAAUGCUGAAGAAAAUCAAAGACAAACCAGGUCAAAGAGGAAAGCAACAGGAGAAAAGCUAGAAAAUCAGACUGAUGCCAUUGCCAAGUGUUCCACUGAAAACGAGAGUGCAAAGCCAACACAGAAAAAAUCACGGCUUAGAUUAAACUGGUUAAAAUCAUCAUGCAAACAGCCUAGUAUUCUGUCCAAAUUUUAUAGUCUGGGAAAGUUAACUACAAACUUGGGAUCCAAAGACCCAAUGAAAGAAUAUGAUGGCUGUGAGCUAGAAGAGUCAUCCAUAAAGUGUGAAAAUGGUAACAAUGUUAAAGAAGAAUAUCGUGAACCAGCAUCUCCUGUGGAAAGCCAUAGUGAAAAAGGAACUGAAAAAGAACCAAACAAGGAAGAUACAGAGCUGGCUGUUUUUGAACUAGUGGAGAAACUGUUCCAGGGCCAGCUAGUACUGAGAACGAGAUGCUUGGAGUGCGAGUGCUUUACUGAAAGAAGAGAAGACUUUCAGGACAUCAGUGUCCCAGUGCAAGAAGACGAACUUUCUAAAACUGAGGAGAGUUCUGAAAUUUCUCCAGAGCCAAAAACAGAAAUGAAGACUCUAAAAUGGGCAAUUUCACAGUUUGCAUCAGUGGAAAGGAUUGUGGGAGAGGAUAAAUAUUUCUGUGAAAACUGUCAUCAUUACACAGAAGCAGAACGCAGCCUUUUAUUUGAUAAAAUGCCUGAAGUUAUAACAAUUCAUUUGAAGUGCUUUGCUGCUAGUGGCUUAGAGUUUGAUUGUUAUGGUGGACUGUCCAAGAUAAACACUCCCUUACUGACACCUCUCAAGUUGUCACUAGAAGAAUGGAGCACAAAACCAACUAAUGACACCUAUGGAUUAUUUGCAGUGGUAAUGCACAGUGGCAUUACAAUUAGCAGUGGACAUUACACAGCCUCUGUCAAAAUUACAGAUCUUAAUAGUCUAGAGUUAGAUAAGGGAAACUUCAUCACUGACCAAAUGUAUGAAAUGAUUAAACCAGAACCACUGAAUGAGGAGGAAGCAAGAACUGUUGCUGAAGACUACGAUGAUGGUGAAGUCUCUUUUAGAGUCAAUGGAAAUGCACAGCCUGGUAAAGUUUUGAAUAAAAAGAACAUGGAAGCUGUCGGACUUCUUGGGGGACAGAAGAGUAAGCCUGACUGUGACCUGUACAAUAACAAACCAGCUAAUCCUGAUAAGUUUGUUAAUGUAGUUACUGAAAACAGAAAUUCUGAGUCUAGCAGUACAAAUGGAAAUGCGGAAUUCAAUACGGAACACAGUGAUCAAAAUGGUGUUGCUUUCAGUGGACUAGAAAACAAAGCUCUUUAUGUAUUACAGAGCCUGAAAGAGUAUGAAGGAAAGUGGUUGCUUUUUGAUGAUUCUGAAGUGAAAGUUACAGAAGAAAAAGACUUUCUGAAUUCUCUUUCUCCGACAUCAUCAUCUACAUCAACUCCUUACCUGCUGUUUUAUAAGAAAAUUGUAGAGUGAUACUGUAUUUUGACUGUAAAUAUUAGGGAUUUGCAUAUACCUAUUGGUCUGAUUUGCAUCAAGACUACCUUGAAGAAACAGCUGUUUGUUUUUGAAGCUACUGGAUCAUAAUGUUUCUGGUCUUUUCGUUCUGUGUAAGUGGCUCAACUUAAAUUAACAAACCAUGUCAUAGAACUUUAACUCACAUAAUAACUUUUAUGCUGGAUAAUAGUGAUAUUACCUUUUAGAAAUACAAAUUUGUAUAGUUCUUAAAUGAUGCCUACAAUACACAGUAGUGGUUUUAACACAACCCUAGUUCUCAGACAUGCCUCUUGUACUAUUAGCUUUUUUUUUUUUUUUUAAUAAAAGUUAUUUGUAUUCAUAUUCUGGAGUAAAUGUAUAUUAACUAGCAAAUUUCAUCCAGAAGUUGUGUAUUUUUGUAACUUGGGAAGUAAUACUUCAUAUCUAGUCUUUGGGUAAUCUACAUGGUUUACUGAUGACAUUCUCCUUAUCCAGUUUUGUAGUGCUCAGUGCAACUCAAAGCACAAGAAAAGGGUCUUGUAACCUUGUUCGGUGUAUUGGAAGGAAUUGAACUUAAUAGCAAUGUUUGAAUGGUCUAAUUUACAUCUUGUUGAUUAGGUGUUAAAUGGACAAAGUGUAAAUAGGUGUGACUAAUACUUCCAAACAGGGGGAGCGUGUAGUGUAAUUAAAAUAUUUUGUACUUCUAAGAGUAAAGCCCUCUAAUUUGCAUAUCUGUUUGGGUGGAUUUGGAAUUUAGUGGUGAUCUUAAAACAGUUAACUUGUAUUUAGAGCUCACGAAAAUGUGGGAAAACGAAAGCAUUUGGCUUGAUGCUUUGUUAAGAAUGUAUAUAUGAAAUAAAAAAUUUUAUGAUACGCA